AUGUUGCCCGAAUCUGCCCAAGCCUGCGCAAAGUCCCCGUGGCUGUGGGCUAUUCCUGGAUUGGGGGCUCUCUGCGGAACGGUAACAAUUGCCGCCGUCUACCACACGGCAGCCCGGCAAGGCCAUCUGCCAAAGGGCUCCAGCACACCCCCCAUCUCCUUCCUUGGGAUUAUGGAGCCAGAACACACCAUGUACCAGCUCGGCUUUUUGGUGACGGGGCUGCUGUUGGCCGUAAGUGUUCGGCUAUGGUCAGCAGUCUUCGCGCCGCUGCUGACCACAGCGGGCUUUCAGCAGUGUGCCAAGGAUGCAAUGCCAUCUGCGCAUUGUUUUCGCCUUCUCAGAUAA